UUGAUGUCGUGGUUUGUGGUUGUGAAUAGAUAUGGCAGUUUCAGUUUCAGAGAUAGUUGGACUUGGAAGCACUUACGGCUAUUGCAACUUAUCGCGUUUCCGGCGGAGGGUUAAUGUUACUUCACCAAACACGACCUUAAUAUCAUCAAUUAUCUUCCCUACAAGGAGGAAAUGGUCUAGUGUUGUUGUUCGAGCUCAGAACUCUAGCACUUAUUCAUCUCAAAAGGAGGAUAUAGUGUAUUUGGCAAAACUAGUGGUGGGUUCAUUUGGUGGUGCAGGUGUAAUAAAGUAUGGCAGUGCUAUUUUUCCAGAGAUAACAACUCCAAAUCUUGUAUUGGCUCUUGUUAUCAUUUCAACUCCUGUGCUUGUGGCUGUUUUGCUUUUGAUAAAUCAAAGUCUUCGCUACAAUUCAUAGAUACAUUGUUUGUUUGUUGUAUGAAUCAAAAACAGUGUAAUUAUCAUUAGUUUGUUUAUUGUUUUGUUGCAUUUGCUGAUUUUGAUUUCUGUCCAGAAUAUACAUCAAUAGUGCAAACAAGUUUGGUACAUUUCCAAACGAAUAAUCAAGUACUCAUAUCUUAUUUUUCAA